AUGUCGAAAGAAAAGAAAUACGGUCUUAUCGUACGUGAAAAAUCAAAAACGCAAUUAACAUUCCAAGCUUCCCAUAAUGUCUUUGGGAGCGAUUCAGAAUCUGACAAUGAUGCAGGAAGAAAAUCUAUUUUGUUACAACCUAAUUCUAAAACUAAUAGACAGUCAAAAAUUUCUCAAGAAAAAGCUGUAAUGGAAGAUCCUACUGUAUACCAAUAUGAUGAAGUAUAUGAUUCGAUGGUUAAAGAAAAGGAAAUAAAAAAAAUUAAAAGCUCACAAGAAAAAAAACCAAAAUAUAUAGAAAAUUUAUUAAAAACUGCAAAUAAAAGGAAAUUGGAAAAUGAACGCCGUGUAGAGCGCCAGAUUCAAAAGGAGAGAGAAAAGGAAGGAGAUGAAUUUGCAGAUAAGGAAGUUUUUGUCACUUCAGCUUAUAAAAAGAAACUGGAAGAAAUGCAUAUAGAGGAAGAAAAGGAAAAAUAUCAAGACUAUUUAGAGAGUAUUGGUGAUGUAACUCGACAGAAUGAUUUAGGUGGGUUUUAUAGACACUUGUAUGAACAAAAAUUGGGUUCUGAUAAAUUAAGUGACUCGAAUGAGAAUAAUAAGGAAAAAUGUGAUGAAAGUGCAGAGGCUAAGCAAGAAACUAUUGUAGAAUGUACAAAAAAAGAUAAACAAAUAUUAGAAUUUGAGGAAACUAAAAAAGAAAAAUCACUGACACAAACAAAACAAAGAAAUUAUAGGAAAAGAAAAGCUUCAAAGGAUAACAAUUUGUCUGAAGGUGAAAUAGAGGAUUCUGAUGAUGAAAUAAAUUUUUCAAAUUUAGAUGAAAUAAAAACAUUUAAAAAAUCAAAAGCCUGUAAUAUUGAUGCUGAUUCUGACUUUUCUAUUGAUGAGUCCAGUGAUGAAGAAUCAAAUGAUAAAAAUAAAGAACCUAAAACACCAGAUAUGUCUGAUAAAGUGGAAAUAAAGAUAAGUGAGGCUAACAAUGAACCUAUAAAACAAGAGUCACCUAUAAAAAUACAAGAAAAGCCAAAAGUCAAAGUUGAUAUUUGGAAAAAGAGGACUGUAGGAGAAGUUUUUGAGCAAGCUUUGAAAAGAUAUUAUGAAAGAAAAGCUGCAAGGAGUGCA